CCUCGGAUGCCUUGAGCAGACUUCAUAUACUUGAUACUAUACUACCGCAGCGUCUCAAACUUCAUAAACACAAUAAAUACCAUCAUCAUGGUCUUUGGAAGAGAUAAAGAGCAUAAGCAGCAGGAGACUGCGGAGAUUCCCGACCAUCUCACUGACCUGCACUGCUUUACAGAAACCGAGGGUGUGGUGACAACCACUAUGAUGGAUCUUCCUGGCUAUCGCAUCGAGCAAGUGCUCGGCACCGUCUACGGCAUCACAGUGCGGUCGCGCAACAUCGGCGCCAGCCUGGGCAUGGUGCUGAAGAGCAUGGCCGGCGGAGAGCUUCGCUGGUUCACCUCGAUGCUGUACUCGUGCCGCAACGACUCCAUCAGCAGAGUGGUGGAGGAGUGUAAGAAGCGGGGAGGCAAUGCCAUCAUCUGUCUGAGGUUCGAUGCCGGUGAUAUGGGCGGCUUUGCGCAGACGGCGGCGUAUGGAACAGCGUGCCGGGUGGUCAAGAUUGCCGACUCGAGCGUCCACGUCCCCCCUCAGCUGCAGGGAGCAACGCAGUAACUGGGACGGGGAGAAUCCGGCACCAGGAGAGGCUGGGAGCGGACAAAUCACGCCCAUCUGGGGUUUAGUUGUGAGUUGUGAGUUGUGAGUUAUGAGACACGAGAAGGCUGCGGCAGCCGAAGAUGGUGGGUGGCCAGUGUCGAUGCUUCUAUCUAUAGCGUUUCUGGGGAAGCUGAGUGAUUGGGCCACGAUGCCAUGAGAUUUGAUAGGUUCAUGUUGUUUUACUGCGUUGUUUUCAUGUUGUUAUACCUUAGCUCUCUGCCUCAUGCUUCAUGUCCUUUGUAGCUACUGCCUACUACCUACCUGUAUUCAUUGCAUCUUCUCUU